AUGUGUAAUGAGGUUGACGGUUUUAUAAACAAGGAAACAGUUAAAUAUGUUGAGAACCAAGUGCAGUAUGUUGGUUCAGGCGUGAAAAGAUUUUACUCCAAUGUGGUCCAAGAUAUACUUCCACCAUUAGAGGAUAUUGUGAAUUCCGAAGAGUGGUCUAUGCAACAGGGUUCUGUUGACACUCAGAGAAACAACGAUACAAUGAUGCCAAGCCAACUUGACCACUCAGUGCAAUGUACUACUACGCCUUCUGCAGAUCCUUGUGAAGAAGCAGAAACUGAUUUGCCUUUGGAACAAGAUGGUGAUGGUAUAAUCUCCAAUAACUCAGAUAAGGUGGUUGUGGAGACAAGGGAUACGAGUGGAGAUCAUAACAAUACCACGCUGUCCAUGGUUUCUUCACUAGCACCUCCAGUUCAUGAGGCAAGGCUUAUAACUUUCCCAGAAGAAGGGAUCUUUAGUAAAAGAUUUUCAGAUGACAUAGAGUGCAGUUCUGAUAUAUCAAGCACGGGCUGGGAUUUUGAACUUGACUUGCCAGAAAUUGAAGAUUCAAAUUUUGAUGAUGAUAGAAGUUUAUCUGCACCACGAGCUGUUUCAGUUGAUGGUCAUGAGGAUAAUGUUCUGGUAAUAGAUUCAUCAUCAUCUUCAGCUGAUGAUGUAGAUUGCAGAACCCCGGAAAAAGAGAAGCCUCUUUCUGAUAACCUUUCAAAUGAAGUUGAGCAUUUCAAUGCUUCAAGCACCGUCCUGCCACCUGAACUUGACUUGCCAGAAGUUGAAGAUUCAAAUUUUGAUGAAGAUGGGAGGUUAUCUGUACCACAAGCAGUUUCAAUUGAUAAAGGUCAAAAGUAUAAUGUUCAGGUAAUGGAUUCAUCAUCAUCUUCAGCUGAUGAUGCAGAUUGCAGAACCUCAGAAAAAGAUAUCCCUCUUUCUCAUAACCUUUCAACUGAAGUUGAGUGUUUCAAUGCAUCAAGCACCAUCCAGCAACCUGAACUUGACUUGCCAGAAGUUGAAUAUUCAAAUUUUGACGAAGAUGGUAGUUCAUCUGUACCACAAGGAGUCUCAGUUGAUAAAGGUGAAAAAUGUAAUGGUCCUACAAUAAAUUCACCAACAACUUCGGCUGAUGAUGCAGACUGCGGAACCACAGAAAAAGAUGGUUCUCUUUCUGAUAAUUUUUCAACUGUAGUUGAGUGUUUCAAUGCGUCAAGCACAGUCCAGUCACCUGAAAUUGUGGUUUCAACUUUUUCUUGUGAGAACAAAGUGGAUAAUGGUGUUAUCUCUUCCAGUUGUGCUGCAUCCCCUGAGUCUUCUAAUUUUUUGGAGUUAACAUUGGCAGAUUUGGUUCAGAAGGCUAAAGAUAUAUUUGACCCUCGUGCUGAUUCUAUUGAUUGCAUUUAUAAUAAAUCCGAUGACCAUAAAUGUUCUGCAUCGUUAACUACUGCAGCAUGUGAAACAAAGACUCUGGAUUUUAUUCCUGCAUUUUCUGAUGUUAAUACUUCCAUGACUCAUGGAUCAGUUUCUGUGUUCGAACCAUCUGGAAGUAGGCAAGAACUAUACUGUGACAGUCAUCAAUCCAAUUUGCUCAUUUCUCCUGCAGAAAUUGGUAACUUUUGCGAAGUUAGUGGUGGUAUUUCAGACCCUAACAUGGCAACAGUCGAUCUCUCUGAUAAGGUAGAGCUUGAUGAAAGUUGUGCCAUUGUGAAUGCUAAGUCUGUCUAUGGUGCUUCUUACAGAGGGAGAAAUUUCAGAUAUUAUAAGAAAUUGAUUAAGAAUGCUUUCGGUUCACACAAGAGAUUAAUCAAGGAAUAUGAACACUUGGCAAUAUUGUAUGGAGAUGUUGAUAAAGAAUUAUGGCAACAUUCUGAAUCAACUUCUGUAAAUAAAACCAAUGGUCGAUUUGCGGAGAGAAAUUCUAAAUACACUCUAUACUGCUUGAUGCAUUUCUAUGGAUGUUUCUUCUUUAUUUUCGGACAUUCUGGUUUACCCCGAGUUUGCGGCUUUGUUGGUUGUGGUCGACUAGAUGGUGUUAUGCUCUGGUUCUAUGCUAAUUGGGACUCGAUAGCCAUAACAAUGCCCUGGCCAAAAUCUACGAAGCCUCUAUACCCAAAUUUUAACUUAGGCAUGAAAAUCAAACACUACACUGGUAGGUCUAAGAGCUCUGUACACUAA